AUGUCGUCGACGGCGGCGGCGGCGGACGAUAGGAAGAGGAAGAGGAUGAUAUCGAACAGGGAGUCGGCGCGGCGAUCGAGGAUGAGGAGGCAGAAGCUGAUUGGGGAUUUGAUCGCGGAGAAGGCGGCGUUGGAAGGGAGCAUCGGAGAGGCGAAUCAGAAGCUGAGCGGCGCGUGGGGGAGAUACUCCGCCCUGAAGGCGGAGAACGAGCGGCUGAGGGCGGAGAAGGAGAGACUCGCGGAGUACGCUGCGAAUUUGAACGAGGUCCUGGCGACUUACGGGGAGAUCGAGGUUGGCGGUGAUGGUGUUCCGGAUUUUUCGGCGGAUCAGGCGGGAUUUCAGAAUCCGUGGAGCGAUUAUUUCGGGGUUCGGAGCAGUUCGGCACAGCUGGUGACGGAUUGUUUCUAG